AUGCCGGCGCUAGACCUCGACCUCCCCCCACCCAGCGAGGCCGACGCAGAUCUCCACCUCCCACGCAUCCUCUGCCUGCACGGCGGCGGCACCAACGCCCGCAUCUUCUCAGCGCAGUGCCGCGGCCUGCGACGACUCCUGGGCCCAUCAUACCGACUCGUCUUCGCCGACGCGCCGUUCCUCUCUUCGCCCGGCCCAGACGUCACAUCCGUCUAUGGCGAGUGGGGGCCCUUCAGAAGCUGGGUUCCUGUGCCGACGGGCGUGAGUCUGGCUUCUUGGGCUGCGGCGGGGGUUGAGGUUCAGGUUGAUGCGCGGGCUAUUGAUGGGUGUGUUGCGGCUGCGAUGGAGAGGGAUGAGAAGGCUGGGGCGAGGGGGGAGUGGGUUGGGCUGCUGGGGUUUAGCCAGGGCGCGAGGGUUGCGGCGAGUUUGUUGUAUAGGCAGCAGCAGCAAAGGGCACUGGGUGGUUGGAGUCGCAAGCGAGGUGCAGGUGCAGAGGCCGCGAGCACGAACUACCGCUUCGCCAUCCUGUUCGCUGGGCGCGGACCGCUAUUAGACCUGGGCUUUGACUCUGGCACAACCUCUGCAUCGAGUUCCGCACCCGCAUCCGCAUACGCGUCUGCGUCUGCGUCUGCGUCCGAGUCCGAGUCCGGAUCCGACCCCGACUCUGCGGCUGAAGACGACGACGAAAACGAAGUGGAUAGCGAUAAUCUCCUUCGUAUCCCCACCAUCCACAUCCACGGCCUCCGCGACCCAGGCCUCCCCAUGCACCGCGACCUAGUGCGGUGCUGUGCGGACUCGAGCGUACGGGUCGUGGAGUGGGACGGGGCGCACCGCAUGCCCAUCACCACCAAAGACGUUGGGGCGGUUGUAGCGGCGCUGCGGGACUUGGCGAUGGCUCGGAAAUACGAAAGCUUGAGGUGA